UCACGUGAAGAAAGCCAUGUCGAAGGGCACCCGCAGGCCGCAGCCCAGUCCUUCUCUCCAAUUAAACAUCGAAAAAGAAAAGGAGCACCUGAACCCAUCGAAAUCUCUGCUCCCAGGAGGACAGGGCGGAGAAAGGCAAAUCUCCCAAUCCGUGGGAGCCAUCGGCUGGCUCCGAUUCCGCGCCAGCGGGGUCUCUAGCGGGGAGCAUUCUUCCCCGCGGCCCGUCUGCGCCGUCCGCCGAGCUACACAUCCCCCGGGAGGGCUGGGUCUUGAUUCGGGAUGCCAGAUGUAUGAACCAAAGCCAUUUUUGAGCACUGGGUCAGCUCACGGCACUCCGGUUUCUCACGAUCAACAAAUCGGACCAACUGCCAACAAUGCAGUAUCUAAUAUUGGUGGAAAUAGCUCAAACGACAGCUUUGCCACCAGACAGCGUUUACGGUGGACAGAUGAGCUUCAUGGACGUUUUGUUGAGGCUGUAGCACAGCUUGGUGGACCCGACAGGGCUACUCCUAAGGGAAUUCUUAGAACAAUGGGUGUUCAAGGGUUGACCAUUUAUCAUGUUAAAAGUCAUCUGCAGAAAUAUCGGCUUGCAAAAUACAUCCCAGACACCACAGCUAGCGGCGACAAGCCGGAGAAGAAAGAUUUAGGAAGUCUGCUUGAAGGAAUCGAAAGCUCUCCGGGAACGGAGACAAGCCAGGUUCUAAAAUUGCAGGUGGAGGUGCAGAAGCGUCUACGUGAACAAUUAGAGGUACAAAGGCAGCUACAGCUCAGAAUAGAAGCCCAAGGCAAGUAUCUCCAGAAGAUCAUGGAGGAGCAGCAGCGCCUGACUGGUGUGCUGUGCGAAUCAGGUAAGAUGAACGCCCUCGCCCUGGCUGAGGAGGAGCUCCACCAUGAUUUCAGCAACACUGAGCCAUCGACCCCAGUGCUGACCUCGGAGCCCCCAUUCCGGGACAAGGCCGUUACUGCGAGUUGUAAUCUGGAAGGAACAGACGAGCUGCUCAAGGUUCUUUCUUCACAUGACGACUGCCUCUCCUUGGACCGUGAGCUUUCGACACCGGAUUCCAGUUGUGGUGCCGGUUACCUCCUAAACAGCCCCAGAGAUAGCAAGAGGGCUCGUGUCAGCAACAACCUUGGCGACGGAAACAACGAGUUUGCACUUCCUCACAUCACUCCGGAGUCGAGCUCGGGUUCCGAUUUGCAACUGAGAAGCUCGGUGUUCUCAUCCGGCACAGGGCGAUCUGAUUCAUCGGUGGCUCUCGAUGCCAAUGAAGAUGGUUUUACCAAUGGCUCAGGCAGUGACGUUUGAUUAGUAUUCGCCAAUUGUCUCUAUCAGUCACUAGAGCUAUUUGUCUUGGAAGAGAGUAGAUGACGUAGAUGACGUGGACCAUGUCUUUGAUGUGUAUUGUAUUGCACCACUUGUGUUUACUCUGUCAGAGGUUCCAUGCUAUUUUAACAGAUUGUAAUGUAAUGAUCUAGAGCUUAAUCACGGUGAAAUUGCUGUUAUCGGGCUUCA